CUUGCUGUCAGUUACGUCAAUGUCAAAACUUCGAGGCUAUGUGCGAAGUUUGAGAUUUCAUGCUUUUAUAAAUAAUGACCGUAAUAAUGUCGAAAUUACGGCCGAUAUUAAAUUUGUCAUAUUGCCGGUACUACAGUGUACAGCAGGCAAAGAAAAAGUUACCAAUAAUAUCGUGUAAGCGAUCGGAAUUCAAUCAUUAUGAGGGUCAGACUUACAGUAAAUUUGAAGGUAUUCCUCUGGCUUCUAAAGGCUGGCUGCAUAACAAGUCGAAAAAUGAUUACUUUAUAGUCUACGGGGAUGCUAAUAAAAAGGUGGAAAAGGAGGUUUACAGGAAGAGUUUUGAAGAAAUCGGCUUAUGUCAGAGUUUGAUAGAGGUUAUGUCCGAGCAAGGAAUCUCUUUGCCGACUGCCAUCCAAUCUAAGGGGAUCCCAGCUAUUUUAAACGGUUACAACACUGUUAUGACCGCGGAAACCGGGUGCGGCAAGACGCUGGCGUAUUUACUGCCGAUAUUCCAACACAUUCUUGAGUGGAAACCAAGUAUCAAAGAGGAUUUUAACAGUCCUCUGGCUGUUGUUAUUACUCCUAGUAGAGAAUUAGCAACGCAAGUUGGCGAAGUGGCUCAAAAUAUAGCUCAACGUUUAAACUUGAAUGUUACUACGCUAGUUGGGGGACGUACUAAACAAAAGAUGUUAAACCCUCCGAUAGAAUAUUGUGACCUCCUUGUAACUACGUUAGGAGCGUACAGUAAGUUAGUGACUACGGGAAUAUUCAAGGUCAAUAAUGUUCACCACGUGGUUCUGGAUGAAGCUGAUACACUACUAGACGACAGUUUUAUUGAUAAGCUUGCUAAUCUAUUGAAGAAGUUUGCGAUUCACUUUAAAGUGAAUAUACAAACUCCUCCAGUGGGAUGUCAGGUGACCCUGGUCAGUGCGACCAUGCCUCACGAGCUGCCAGAAGCAGUGAGCGCGUUUGUGGAUCCCCAGUCACUGAAAACUGUAACUACAAGUAAUAUUCAUAGGCUGUUACCGCAUGUGCCACAAAAAUUCCUCCGUCUCGGAAAAGCACACAAACCUGCAGAGUUAUUAAAGUUAGUGCAAGCAGACUUGAAUCUAAAACGUCCAGUCAUGAUCUUCUCCAACCAAACGUCGACCUGUGACUUCGUAUCUAUGUUCCUUAACGAGAAUAACGUAGAAUGCAUUAACAUUAACGGAAGGAUGGCGGUGCCCCUGAAGUUGGGAAAGUUUGAGAUGUUUCGGAGCGGAAAGGUUGAUGUUUUGUCUUGUACCGAUAUAGCGUCUAGAGGAUUGGAUACGAUAAGGACACAACACAUAAUAAACUACGACUUCCCGUUAUACACCGCGGACUACAUCCACCGCUGCGGCCGCACCGGUCGCAUCGGGUCCCCGCCCGACUGUGCCAUCACGAACUUCAUAGCGUGGCCGCGAGAGGUAGAGUUAGUACAGAAAAUAGAGCUAUCGAUAAGGAAACACAGCGAACUGCCGAGAGUGAACGCGAAUAUAAGAAGGCUGAUUGAAGAAAGAAUUAUUAAAAUGGAAGGACAAGUUUAGUUUUGGGAAUCAAAUUUAGGGUAGCGCCUUUACUGUAAAUUCUGAGCUAGCAGGAUUGAAGCAAUGAUUAGUUUUACUACUUUCUGGGCUCAAGAACUUUAGUUAUUUCUACCAUAAACUCAAAAAGAAGAACGCAGGAUCGAUGCCGUUGUGCAAGCAAGACAAAACAACAUUGUGUACAUAGUUGCGCCUCUCUUUUUACAUGCUUGCCAUACAUCCAACAGUCCUCCUUUAACAGUCUAAAUUAACUGCAUUGAUCUUAAGAGAGAAACCAGUGUCAUUUUAGUAGCCAGCUGGGAUCAGUAUAGAUUAGUAAGUGUAAUUGAACUUGAAAAGCAUAGCACUCUAAGAUAGCAAGCUAGCAUGAUCAGAAAGUAAAAUUUCAUCAUACGAAAGUUAUUCCGAAUAUUAUCUAAGCUUGUUUUAUGUUUUAUUGAUUUAAUCUCAAAGAUGCCAUUUUGCAAUCACACCUAUUUGCCAAACCACCCGUGGUUUUUUAUUAAUAGAUUUGGCAGUAUUUACUAUUUAGGCUUAGUUUAACUGUAAAUAUAAUGUAGAUUUAGUACAAAUAAAUCGAAUAAAAUGUUGAAAUGUU